AUGCACAGAAUUCUCUAUCCUAAAUAUGGUCCUAUUCCGGAUGUGGUAUCAGCUAGAAACAGAGGUUCUAGCUCUUGGAAGUUGAUUUGCAAUGGUGGGAAAUUUUUGAAUCCAAUUAUCAGAAAGAGUAUUAGCAACGGCAAGUCCAUUAGUGUUUUACAUGACACUUGGAUUUUGGAUAAAUGUUUGAUGAAAUGGCCUACAUUUAUAAAUCCUCUUAUUGAACAAGAUUCCACAGUUGAUAAAUUCAUACCCAAUGAGACUUGGAACAUAUCGGAGCUGAAGAAAGUCUUUGGGGAAGAACUGGUACUUCUCAUUUCUGAUAUGGAGAUUAAUUUUGAUUUUGAAGAAGACAGAACAGAGCUUAUUCACAAGUUAUUUGGCAAAAUGAUAACUGGCUUGGCUUCUGAAGCUAUGGAAAAUGGAAUUUCUAUUGGUAAUUCUCUGGUUUGGUUCAGCAAAGCCAAACUAAAUCCUAAAGUUAAAUUAUUCUGGUGGAGAAUCUUCAAUAACACUAUCCCAACAAACAAAUUUCUUUGCUAUAGAAGAUUACUAGGAUUUGAUAAAUGUCCUAGAGGUUGUGAGGAGGUAGAAGAUCUAGACCACAUUGUUCGUGGUUACAGGAAACUAUAUGAGGUAUUUGAUAUUAUGAACCAUAUGGGAUUUUGUUUCCCUGCCUUUGCUUCUGUGGAAAAUUGUUAUAGGUCGCUUGAUAAACAAUGCUUAUGGAUGAUAAAUAUAUUUUGUAAUACGAUUUAUCUAUCAUGGAGAGCAAGAAAUCAGUUUGUUCACGAGAAGAAGGCUCCUACUCCGUUGUUUACAGCUUCUGAGGCUGUUAGCUAUAAAACUACUUUCAGAAACCAUUUAUGUUCAAAUUUAGGCUUCAAGGAUGUUAAUCAACCUACUAGGUUGUUCAAUUCUUGGCUCCCUCCUCCACCUGAUUGGAUCAAGGUCAACAUAGACGCAGCUCUUCACAAUUCCUAUAAGGCGGGUAUGGGAGGAGUAUUUAGAGAUCAUCAUGGCAGGCUACUUUUGGCUUUCGUUUGUAAUCUCAUUCAUUGGGAUUCAGGUGCAUUAGAACUUCAAGCCAUCACUUAUUUAAAGAACAUAUUCAAAGAUUGGAUGUUGGAAUAUAAAGGCUUGAUUAUUGAAGAGGAUAACAAGAAUGUUAUCAAUCUCAUCAAGAAAGAAAUGGAUGCAAAUUUCUUCUUCACAGCAUUUAGUUUCACCUGUAAUUUCUUAGCGACUGGAUCUGCAGAAGAUGCUGCUCUAUUUGUGAGUCAAACAAAGAUCCAGGUAUCAAUGGCGACCAAGAAGGUUGAUGCUUUAGAAGAACGCCUUGAGGGGGACAGAGCAAAAACAAAGCGAUGGGAGAGAUAG